AUGUACAAGACUGGUAAUAACGACACUACACACUCAACUGGGUCUUUCCUACAGAGUGCCCCAGUAGAGCUGACCACUUUGAAAGGUUACGAGGAGUUCAUGGCUAAGCAAGAGAAGCACUACGGUAAGGAGAACAUGGGUAAGAUCACCACUAUCUUGAAAGAAGAGCCCACAGAGCCAGGAUACCUGCUUAGAGACGGUGAAGUCGUCGCCACUGUGCAAGGCGAGUUGAAAGCUCACCUGUUAAAGCAAACAGAAGGUAUGUAA